GAAUUUGUACACGCACGAGUACAAUGCAGAAAGUUUGUUCUAUACAAUGCCUUGUGUUCCUCAUUCUACAAAAUGUACUUUGUGGUCUCUCUGUUUGGGUUGUUAAUAAUACAGUAACUGAUGUUUCCUCUUUAAAUUCCACCCCGAGGAAGGAGUCCGGAAUUCUGCGAGACAUAUUAAAUCAGGAGAGUGUGGUGAGAUUCUCCAUGGUCCAGAAAAUGCAAGAGUUCACAAUGGACGUCAUAGAAAUGAAGAAAAAUAACGAUGUUUUGAUGAGGAAACUUGAAGUUUUGACAGAGGAACAAAUUACCUCAAAGGAGAAAAUGUCUAAAUUAAGAAAAGAAAAUGAAAAUAUGAAAUAUCAGAUAAGAACCCUACAGAAUGAUGUGAAUAUCAUGAACGUUACCUUAGAGAAAGUGAGUAUUAUUUGUGGGACUUACGGGAAAGAAAUAAAUGAACUACGUCGAAUAUGUGAGAACCAGCAUAAAAACGUUACAGAUGUCAGAGAAAAUAUGGCCGAAAAGCAAGAGGUGGAUCAACAAAGAGCAGCGUUGAAGAUGAUGGAAGGAGAACUCAAAAAUUUGUCCCUGACAGCAAACUCAACAAUACAGGGCUUUGUGAGAGACAUAAACGGAUCCAUUCACGAAAAAGUGGCGACGAACAGCAAAAAUAUUUUAGAGCAGCGUUCCGAACUUGAUGCUAUCCACUCUGACCUAUCAAUAGUUCUAAGACAACUGAAGAAUCGUGACGGAUAUAAAGUAAAAAGUAAUUUUUUGGAUCAAAAUGGAACUAAUAUAGGUAAAGGUGAUCCCAGUCUUGAAUCUCUCAAGGAAACGGGCAACAUACGGGAUGUCAGCGCCAUUAAAGAUGGUGUUCGAUUGGUUAACGGAGAAUCUUGGAUGGAGGGCCGUGUUGAAAUCUAUGAGGAUGGAGACUGGGGCACGAUAUGUGAUGAAAACUGGGACACCAGAGACGCUAGUGUUGUUUGUAAAACAAUAGGAUUCUCUUAUGGUACUCCGGUUGUAUAUCGACGUGGUGUGAAACCUAUUGUAAUGGGCAAUGUUUCUUGUGAUGGCUCGGAGUUGAACAUCCGAAGUUGUCCACAUAGCUCAGCACAAAAAUGUAAAAGCAGGAACGUAGCAGGAGUGGCUUGUACAAACC